CAGCAAUCGGAGAUCAGAGAUGGCGGGCGCCUCCGACCCCCUGGAAGAUAUGCUCUUUUCCGAGGUGGACGAGAAGGCUGUGAGCGACCUGGUGGGAUCGCUGGAGUCUCAACUCGCUGGCCAGAGCAACUCCGCGGUUAAAGCAGACGAAAGCCGAGGCGCUGGCUCGGUUGCCCCCGCUAACCAUCACUUGGGAAAAACGCUAGCAGCUCCGCUGGGCUCCACAACAGUAGAGCAACAACAACAAGGGCGCCGAUAUAAAGCCGAUAUGCACCAGGAUUUUAACUCUAACGACGAUAAAGCUGUCACAUCUCCUUCCCUGGGUUGCGUCCCUUCCUCCGGUGAGCCCUCCAUCGCUUCGGCUCCGGCUGCCAGCAACAGCGGCUCUCAAUCACAUGGAGCAUCCAUCACAACACUAACCGCGUCCGGCGGCGUGUCAUCUUCCCCACCAGCCAGCAUCAGCACCGCCGAAGCCGGGCUCCCCUCCAAAGCUUCCCCGGUCUCAGUCGAACCCCCUGCGGACGCCAAUCCCGCAAAAAGACGACCAGCCACCCCGCGACGUUGCGCCUCUGUUCGGAUUAAGAGUUUGAACGGUGCCGCUGUUGCCACCAGACGGAAUAGCGAAGAAUCCACUUCCUUGGACACCGGCACCCCCACACCGAACUGCACCCCACCUGUGAGCAUCCCCAUCAGCACGUCAACGUUCAGCCUAGCGAACUCCAGCUUGGCUGCGGGCCAGUCGGCCAUUGCCCUGGACCGGGGGACCCCAACCAUCGCCUUGCAGCGACUCCCCAGUCACAUCGUGGCCAGCAUCGCCCAGAACGGAACUAGCGUGUCAGCCUUGACCCAGCAGGGCUCCCGGACCUCACCGGUCACCUCCCCGUCCUCGUCCUCCUCGCCGCCUGCCCAGGAGAACCACAGCAAAGCUGACUCUGCGGGGGCUUCCGGCACAGACGAAUGUCAGUCCAAAGUUGUCCCAUCCGGCUCUGUCAUAAACACUGUUUCCUCUGUUGCCAUGGCAGCGACACCUACAACAACCACAGCAACAAGUCAGCCUCUGACCACCACUACGACUACCACCGCCAUCACCACCACCACCACAGUGGCCACCGCCAUGACAACGAGCUGCGUAGGCGGUCAAACCACGUCUGUGACCACUACAAUCAACACGGUCCGGCCCGCUGCUGCCUCGCCGACGGCGCCGGCUCAGACCCGACCCGGACUGACGGCACCUCAGAGGCUGGUAGCGCCCCAACUUAUUGUUAGACCGCCCCAGCAGCAGACCACCAUCCAGCUUCCCCCUGGCUUCACCAUCCCACCUGGCAUGGUGUUGGUCCGGACUGAGCUGGGCCAGCUGGUGUUGGUUCCUCAGCAGGCCUUGGCUCAAGCUCAAGCCCAGGCUCAAGCCCAAGCCCAGGGUCAGGCCCAGGCCCAGAAUAACAUCUCGCCACGACCUGCCACCCCCACCACGGGGGCGUCCUUCAGGGUCACGACGCCACAGUCUACAGUGACCUCUCAGACCACCCGCCAGUGCCCUUUGACCCCGGCUAAGGUGGCGCCGUCUCCCUCUCCCACUCCUUCCAGCCCUGCUCUUCAGACCUCCGCUUCUUCUUCUUCUUCCUCCUCCUCCUCCUCCUCUUCUACAUCCUGUCCCGCACUCCGCCCAAAGGGCCCCGUGGCGCCGGCCGUGGCGGUGACGGCUCCGCAGCAGACCCCCGUGGUUAUGGCCCCCCAGGCCCCGGUCCCGGCCCCGGCCCAGGCCGCCUCCCAGCCCGCGCAGCCUUCGCAGACGGCCCCCGGAGGUCCUGUUGUGUCCCAGGAAAUGCAGGAGAACGUGAAGAAGUGUAAAAACUUCCUGGCCACCCUCAUCAAGCUGGCGUCUCACAAUUCUCCAUCACCCGAGACCUCCAAGAACGUCAAAGCUCUGGUCCAGGACCUGCUGGAUGCAAAGAUCGAGCCUGAGGAGUUCACGAGCCGACUACAGACGGAGCUCAAGUCCUCGCCGCAGCCGUACCUGGUGCCCUUUCUCAAGAAGAGCCUCCCGGCCCUGCGGCUGUCUUUGCUCAACAGUCAGCAGUCGCUGACCCAGCCCCCGCAGCAGGGAGUCAAACCGGUGGCCUGCGGCACGCCUCCCGCCGCCGCCACCGCCGCCGUGGCGAGCGCGCCCACCGCGCCGACCAUCCACAUACGCCACCCGAACAGCGUCAGCACCGCCGCCGGUGCUGUGGGACAUGCAGCUGCCAUGGGUAUGAAGACCACCGGACCAGUAGGUGGACAAGUUCGAGUACCGGUGAUGAUCACUCAGUCUGUGAGAGCUCAAGGCACAAUGGGGAAGGUGGGCGCCCUCCAAGCCGGGAGGACCCCAGUGGGCUUGGCUGUCCAGAUCUCCGGCAAUCAAAAAAACAAACUCAACGACCCGGGAGGAGGCUCGUUCAGGGACGACGACGACAUCAACGACGUGGCCUCCAUGGCCGGCGUCAACUUGAACGAGGAGAGCGCCAGAAUCCUCGCCACCAACUCGGAACUGGUCGGAACGCAGAUCCGCUCGUGUAAAGACGAAGCCUUCCUCCAUCCGGGCCUCCUCCAUCGACGGAUCCUGGAAACAGCAAAGAAGUUCGGAGUCAUGGACGUCCCCAUGGAGGUGGUGACGUUCAUCUCGCACGCCGCCCAGUCGCGACUUCGCACGGUUGUUGAAAAAGUGUCGGCCAUCGCUCAACACCGGUUGGACUCCUGCAAGGACGACGAGUGCUACGAGCAGUCGGCGGACGUCCGCUCCCAGCUGCGAUUCUUCGAGCAACUGGAGAGGAUGGAGAAGCAAAGGAAGGACGAGCAGGAGAGAGAGAUCCUGUUAAAAGCCGCCAAGAGCCGCUCCAGGCAAGAGGACCCAGAGCAAGCUCGGCUGAAACAGAAAGCGAAGGAGAUGCAACAGCAGGAACUGGCCCAGAUGAGGCAGCGAGAUGCUAACCUCACAGCGCUCGCGGCUAUCGGACCCCGCAAAAAACGCAAGGUGGACUCGCCGGGGGCCACGCCAUCAGGGACCGAGGUUUCGGCAGGCUCCCCGGCAGGUUCCUCGGCCACGCCCACCUCGUCAUCACGCCAGUACGCCCGUCAGCGCAUCACUCGCGUCAACCUCAGGGACAUAAUCUUCUUCAUGGAGCAGGAGAGAGAGACCGCCCACUCGCUGCUCCUCUACCGUGCCCUCCUCAAGUAGCACCCUUCUCCUUCUUCUCCUCCUCCUCCUCCAGCCAGGUGCCUUCAGAACAGGUCUCAGCUUUGUGUUUCCAUACGUUAGCUCGUGGUGACGUCCCGUCUAGCUUUUCUGAACGCUAAAAAAGGAGUAGAAAGAACAAAAAAAAAAAAAAGAUCGUCGUCGUUGAUGUGUUAGCUUCAUGUUUUGUAGUAAAGAUGGAGCUUGAGGGCCAGCAUCUUUUUCAUCGCUUGACACAUCUCAGCAUCCUCAGCAUCCUCAUCAUCUUCAAGUCCUCAUUCAGGCGGUCUUCAUCAGCAACAAACGGCUCCGAGCUUCCCCUCCUGUAAAUAGUCGGCUUACGGAAUCAAUCCUUCUUUUGGACCACCGCACUGAAAAGAAAACAUGACGCAAAAAUAUUACAAUUUUACCACAAAUCUGUGGAAAAUUCGAACAAUUCUUGACUUAAAUUUUUUUUUUAAAUUGAUUUUAUGCAACGUCACAAUAUUUUUAUGUCUAAAUGUAAAAAUUCUAUGUUUUUAUUCAAACGAAUGAAAUUAUCAUAUUUAUUUAUAUGUGCAAAAAUAUGACAAGAAAUAAUUUUUUCAUGCUUUUUUUUUCAUGACUUUUUUUCAAGGGGAAAAAAAUUUUUGUCCAUUAAAAAAAAAAUACAACAAUAUUGUUACAAUUAAUAUAACCUCAAAUAAAUUCUAAGAAAAAACACAAUUAAAUAAAAUUAAAAUAAAUGAAAAUUCAUUCAUUCAUUUUUUACCGCUUAUCCUCACGAGGGUCGCGGGGGAGGGGGAUGCUGGAGCCUAUCCCAGCUGUCUUCAGGCGAGAGGCGGGGUACACCCCAAUCGAAAUCGAACUUGUGUGUGGCCGGCGCGCUAACCACUCCCCCACCGCGCAGCCAUAAAUGAAUAUAAUUGUGUCAAAUUAAUACAUUAUAAACACUGAUAAUAAUUGCAUGUAAUAUAAAUAUGAUGAAUAUUAUUCAUUAUUCACUUCAAAUUUUUCAGUUCAUGAUUAUUAGAUGUCAGAUAUCAGAUUUUAAAUGUAAAAAAUAUGUUAUGUUUUUUUUAACUCAAAGUAAUUAUGUAUUUAUGUUUCAAUUGAUUCACAAUUUUUCUUUAAAUACAAAAAUACUAUUUUAUUCAAAAAAAAAUUUUUCUGGGAAAAAAUUUCCUUGAAAAAAAAUACAACAAAUACUAAAUUAAUGCGGAAAAAAAUGCAACU